AUGCCUAUUUGUAUUUUAGCUUGCAGUGAUCUUCUUUUCAAUACUUCGUUACUCAUUCGUGGAAUUCAUGACAUUUUCAAAGGAAAUUAUGCACAUCUCUGUUUAGUUGUAUCAUUUCUUAUUCAUUUGGCUGAACUUUUAUCGGCAUGUUAUACUGUUGCAUUUACUAUUCAACUUUAUACUGCUCAUCGUCGUUCACCUCCGAUUCUUUCCCUCUUAUUUAUAUUUGUAUUCAGUUCAAUAUUUUGUUUUACGUUAUGCCAUAGGAAUACCUAUGUAGAAUGUCAUGAGGAAUUAAAACUUAUUUGGUUUAUGACUGAUGUUUUAUUUUCUUUUGUGAUUCCAUUUUCUCUUAUAUUAAUUUACAAUAUACGUAUUGUAAAUUUUAUUCGUAAACAUUUACGUUCACCUAUUAGUAUACAAUCAACAUUAAUGAGAAAAAGACAACACUCAAGAAGUAAUGACAAAAUAUACAAUCUCGAUGGUACAUUUGACAUCGAUAAUAAUCUCACAAACAGCAAUGGUACAUGUAUUAAUACAGAUGAAAAUCAAAAUAUAGAGACAAACUUUAAACAAGAAGAUCCCACAGCAUCAGUCGAAAUAAAACAUCAAAGAAAACGAUCAUCAAUUUCAUCGCUCUUUGACCGAAGUCAUCCAGACAAAUCAUUAAGUCAUUCUCAUUUUCAACCUGGAUUUCGUCCAUUUGUCUUAUCUAAACUUGCCUCUCAUUUUAAGAAAAAUAUAUUAUCUGAUUCAUUUUCUAAUCCAUUGUCAAGAAAAUUGUCAUAUCAAUCGAAUGAUAAGGAAUUUUUUUCUCAAACAUUAGCAAGAGCAUGCCAAUCAAUACGUGUUACACGUAUGCUUGUUCUUGUUUCAAUAUGUUUUCUCAUCCUUAAAGCUCCAGCACAUUUGUGUGUUAUUGCACUUAAGAUUUAUACUAGCGUUGAUGCGUCCGUAUUCAAUGAUCAUAAUGAUAUUGAUCUUUAUUUAACAACAAAAAAGUUAACAACUUGUGAAGUAAUAAAUUAUGUUUCGCGCAAUGAAAUUAAUAAUCUAACAAAGAAUGACACAAUAUUGUCUUUAUUUCAACACGAUAGAAUAAUGAGAGAUCCAUUAGCAAUACAUUUAUUUUAUGUAGCAAUUUUACUAACACAAUCAAUGGCUUAUGCAUCAUAUUCAAUAAUUUUUUUUCUGUAUUCUUUCAGUGGAAUUGCUUUCCGAAAAAGUCUCAGACAGUUCAUCAACACAUUUACAAAACGCUAA